AUGCUCGAAGCAGUUGAGAAGACGGAGGAAAUAAACAGUAGUGGACUAGCGGCUGCUAACGAGAUCGUUGGAAGUUUACUCCGUUCACAAGAGGCUGUGGUAAUAUCGUUGGCUUCGCUAUCCAAUAAAGUUUUAAUCGUAUCAACUGAAUGUCGAAUGAGGCUUGCACGAGUAUCAUUCAACUUACUGCUAGAGAAUUGA